CAAUUUUUUUCUGCAACCAUGAAUAUUAUUACCCUCACUCUCCCAAAUGGUUCUUCCCAUUUGCCUGUCCCUCUCUCCCCACCCACCAAACAUCCCCUCCAUCUCCUCCUCCUCCUCCUCCUCCUCCUCCAAAGAUAAUGACCUUCACUUCAUUAAACUCUCAAAGAGAGAAUGCAUCUCCAAGACAACUAGAUUCUUGAUCUUUUCGCUCACACCCACAUGGACAUUCUCUCAGUGUUCAGCUGAACCGUCGUCACCUCCAAAGUCAGCUCCUUUGGGAAUCGCCAAUACCAAGUCGUGGUUCCAGUUUUAUGGCGAUGGGUUCGCAAUUCGCGUCCCACCUCAGUUCGAGGACAUUACGGAGCCCCAGGAUUUUAAUGCUGGCUUGUCUCUUUAUGGAGAUAAGGCAAAACCGAAAACAUUUGCAGCCCGGUUUGCAUCGCCGGAUGGAUCUGAAGUCUUAAGUGUUGUGAUUCGCCCAACCAACCAACUCAAGAUCACAUUUUUGGAGGCCCAAGAUAUUACCGCCUUGGGUUCCUUGAGGGAGGCUGCAAAAAUUUUCGUUCCGGGUGGCUCAACAUUAUACUCUGCCCGAAAUAUCAAAAUAAAAGAAGAAGAAGGUUUCAAGACAUAUUACUUCUAUGAAUUCUCUAGAGAUGAGCAACGUGUUGCGCUGGUUGCUGCUGUAGACAGUGGAAAGGCAUUUAUUGCUGGAGCAACAGCACCGCAGUCCAAAUGGGAAGAUGAUGGAGUGCGCCUCCGCUCUGCUGCUAUAUCCCUCACACUUCUCUAACCAUGCCGCUGGGCUUAGAAGGUUACUGCAAUAACCUUGUGUUGCACAUGUUUAGUUCUAGUUUUAUCAAGUAGAUCGACAUUUUGACUUCUGAAGAUCUUCAUACUUGCCAUUCCCAUGGAACACUUGCAGUUUUUUCUUUUCCAGAUACCCGGUGGAGAAUUCUUGAACGAGGGAAAUUUUGAACCUUGUAUAUCCCUGAGCCAUCUGCGUGGGUAUAUUUAAACUUCUUCGGAGAUUGGUCAUGUUGAAGUGCCAGAUGUGAUUCUUUUGUUAAAUAGCAUCUGUAUUCGAAGCAA